GCAGUGUUGUGCAGGAAGAGAGAGGGAGUGGAACAAAGAGAGAUAAAUGGGAUGGUCUUGAAGGCGGGGACACCACAGCCACAAGCCUGCAUCCCACGCAUUCACCUGCUCUUUGGCCACCUGAGUGCCCUGGCUGUGCCACCCUGUAGGCCAUGGAGAAUGAGCUACCAGCCCCCCACACCUCCAGUAGUGCCAGUGUCACCAGCAGCGCCAGUAGCAGCAGUGGUGGCAGCGGCAGCAGUGGCAGUGGCCGCCCCACUGGACCCCAAAUUUCUGUGUACAGUGGUAUUCCUGACCGGCAGACCGUGCAGGUGAUCCAGCAGGCCCUGCACAGGCAGCCCAGCACUGCUGCACAGUACCUGCAGCAGAUGUAUGCUGCACAGCAGCAGCACCUCAUGCUGCAGACAGCAGCCCUGCAGCAGCAGCACCUGAGCAGCGCGCAGCUACAGAGUCUGGCAGCGGUGCAGCAGGCAAGCUUGGUGGCCAACAGACAAGGAAGCACUUCUGGCAGCAGUGUGUCCUCACAGGCCCCUGCCCAGUCAUCUUCGCUCAAUCUGGCGGCCUCCCCAGCAGCAGCCCAGCUCAUCAACCGGGCACAGAGUGUCAAUUCAGCCACAGCCUCCGGCCUUGCCCAGCAGGCUGUGCUCUUGGGUAACACAUCCUCACCAGCCCUGACCGCAAGCCAAGCACAGAUGUACCUCAGGGCACAGAUGCUCAUCUUCACGCCCACGGCCACCGUCGCUACUGUGCAGCCUGAACUCAGCACUGGCUCCCCUGCUCGGCCCCCCACCCCUGCCCAGGUACAGAACCUGACCCUACGUACACAACAGACCCCAGCUGCAGGAGCCUCGGGCCCUACCCCCACUCAGCCUGUCCUGCCCAGCUUGGCCCUGAAACCCACACCCAGCAGUAGCCAGCCUCUGCCUACCCCAUCACAGGGCAGAAACACUGCUCAGGGUUCCCCUGCAGGUGCCAAGCCUGGCAUAACUGACAGUGGGAUGGAGCCACUCAAGAAAGGAGAUGGCAACAGCAGCGUGCCAGGGAGCAUGGAGGGCCGAGCUGGGCUGGGCCGGACAGUUCCCGCCUUGGCUGCCCACCCCCUCAUUGCACCAGCUUAUGCUCAGCUACAGCCACACCAGCUCCUCCCACAGCCGUCUCCCAAGCAUCUGCAGCCCCAGUUUGUGAUUCAGCCGCAGCAGCCACAGCCUCCCCAACCACCUCGGCCUGCACCCCAAGUCCAGUCCCAACCCCAGCUUGUCUCAGUACCCCCAAGCCUGGCCCUACAGCCUAACGCAGAAGUCCACGCCAUGCCACUAGGCCCAGCCACACCCACCCUGCCACUCCAGUGUCCCACUGCCCAUCUCCACAAACCAGGCAGCGGUCAGCAGAGCCACCCUCCCACCCCAGAUGCUGUGUCUCAGAAUGGACAUCCUGAGGGUGUGCCCCACACCCCCCAGCGCAGGUUCCAGCACACCUCAGCUGUCAUCUUACAACUGCAGCCUGCGUCUCCAGUGCCCCAGCAGUGUGGCCCUGAUGACUGGAAAGAAGUGGCACCAGGGGAGAAGAGUGGGCAAGAAACUCGGCCGGGCCCAUCCCCUCAUCAGCAAGCCAUUGUCACUGCCAUGCCUGGUGGCCCUCCUGUACCCAAAAGCCCUAACAUCCAGCAGUCCCCAGCUCACGAGACAGGGCAGGGCAUUGUUCAUGCACUGACCGACCUCAGCAGCCCCGGCAUGACCUCAGGGAACGGAAACUCUGCCUCCAGCAUCGCCGGCACUGCCCCCCAGAAUGGUGAGAAUAAACCACCACAGGCCAUUGUGAAACCCCAAAUCCUGACGCAUGUUAUCGAAGGGUUUGUGAUCCAGGAGGGGGCGGAGCCUUUCCCGGUGGGACGCUCGUCCCUGCUGGUGGGGAAUCUGAAGAAGAAGUAUGCACAGGGGUUCUUGCCUGAGAAGCUUCCACAGCAGGACCAUACCACCACCACUGACUCAGAGAUGGAGGAGCCCUACCUGCAAGAAUCCAAAGAGGAGGGUACUCCCCUCAAACUCAAGUGUGAGCUAUGUGGACGGGUGGACUUUGCCUACAAGUUCAAGCGUUCCAAGCGCUUCUGUUCCAUGGCCUGUGCAAAGAGGUAUAAUGUGGGGUGCACAAAACGAGUGGGGCUUUUCCACUCAGACCGGAGCAAGCUUCAGAAGGCAGGGGCUACAACCCACAACCGCCGUCGGGCCAGCAAGGCCAGUCUGCCUACUCUUACCAAGGACACCAAGAAGCAGCCAGCAAGCACUGUCCCCCUUUCAGUUACUGCUGCCCUUCAGCUGACACACAGUCAGGAAGACUCCAGCAGAUGCUCAGAUAACUCAAGCUAUGAGGAACCUUUGUCACCCAUCUCAGCCAGUUCGUCCACCUCCCGCCGACGACAGAGCCAGCGGGACCUGGAGCUCCCUGACAUGCAUAUGCGGGACCUGGUGGGCAUGGGACACCACUUCCUACCAAGUGAGCCCACAAAAUGGAACGUAGAAGAUGUUUAUGAAUUCAUCCGCUCUCUUCCAGGCUGCCAGGAAAUCGCAGAGGAGUUCCGGGCCCAGGAGAUCGAUGGCCAAGCUCUACUACUGCUCAAGGAGGACCACCUGAUGAGCGCCAUGAACAUCAAGCUGGGGCCUGCCCUGAAGAUCUAUGCGCGCAUCAGCAUGCUCAAGGACUCCUAGGGCUGCUGCUGCCCUGCCAGUGGGGCAGUGUGCGGCGCCGCCUCUCCAUGGAGCAGAGCCACAUAGACAUUCCUGAGGGGCCCAGGAUAGGGCCAGUCAGAGGGAAGGGGCUCUCCUUAGGGUGCAGCUGUGAGGAGAUCUGGGCACUCCUCUGGCUCUCAGGGGCCUUUCAUUUCUGUAGGAGGAGGAGAGACUGGCACAGAAGAUGGGGCUUGGCGCUUGUAAAUAAUGAUAGCACUGGCUUCCUCCAAAGUCCCAAUGCUCUAGCCCCCCUCUCCUCCUCUCUCUGUCCCCCAUUUUCCAGGGGGUUUAUGGUCAGGGCUUUCCAACCUGAGUUGGGUUACUUCCAAGGGCAGCCAGCAGGCCUGGAUAGAGGCCUUGAAAGCCCUUGCCUUCCUCCCUCCCACUUCUUUCUCCAGGCCUGGUUAAUCUUCCGUUGCCAGCUUCUCCCCCUUCAGCCUGUUUCCACAGCAGCUGGGGGUUCUCCCCCCACACCCUCUGCAGGCGGAGAGAGAGAAGCGAGACCCAGUUUGGCCAUGCCUGCUGGCACAGACGCCUUAACGCUGUGUGUGUGACUGUGUGACUGGGAGCCUGGACUGACUGACAGGCCUCUCUGGGUGUUUUGUAGCAAAUGGCCACUUAGUGCUUUGUCCUGGACUCCACUCAGCCUGAGGCUGAGGAAUAGAAAGAAAGGGCAGAUCUGGAGAGAUGGAGAUUAGAGCUCUUCUCCUGGUGGCAAGACUCUUAAAAGCCCUCCCCACACUGAAACUGCCUGCCUGCCUUGCUGGCUCGUGCGUGCGCAGCACAAGGAAGCUGCAGGGGCCAGGCCACCACGCUGAACCUCCUGUGGCCUGCCUGUCUGUCCACCCCUGGAUUCCCCGGUGGGGCCCUAUAACUCAAGGGAGAGGCACCCAACACUUGUUUGCUGUAAUAGCUACCUGAGGAGGAGGCAGGGCAGGAAGGGCGAGGGCCUGCCUCUGACUUGCCCUGCCCUACCAACUCUGGGAGAAGUCAGACUCUUCCCAGGAGGGUGGGUACCUUUCUUAGCUUCUUCUAUUCCUCACCCACACCCCCAGGCAGGGUUGGAAAUGAAGGACUUUUUUUAACCUUUUGUUUUUGUUUUUAAAAAAUAAAUCUGUAAAAUCUG